AUGACUGAUGACGAAUUUGUUGAAGAUAUAAUAAUGGGCUUUCUUCAAGCAGAUACAAUAAAUUCGCACGAUCUUGCAGAACAAUUACAAUCACUUGUUGGGGAUAAGGCAGUUCCAUUUAUUGAAAAACUUUGGCCAUUACUAGAGGAUGCUCAAAAUUCUGAAACCGGAAUACCUUCUGUAUUUGUUGAAGAAGCUAAAAGGAAAAUUGCUGAAAGACUCAAAUCAAAUCAAAAUAUAUCGAACAAACUUGACGAAUCAGAAUCAUCUUCUUCAUAUACGUCUUCAUCCUCAUAUAAUUCUUCAUCUUCAUCAAGUGACGCUGAAACUACCGAUCUAUCGAAAGACCAAAUGCAUAACAACGCAGAAGUUAAAGCUAUCAGUAACCAACCAACCAUUACACAAAAUACUCCCAUUAAACCAAAAAUAUUACCCUCCAAACCACUUAAACCACCUGUAAUUCCACCAAGGAAUGUAAAAAAGCAAGAACUAAAACCAAUAUUAAUAGAAAACACAAAAUAUCCGUAUAAUGAGGAAAAUAGUUCUGAAUUAAAACAACAUCAUAGUAAUCAUCAGCAUGGCCAUCAUCAUUCUCAUAACCGUAGACGACAUGACAGCUCAUCAUCAAGUUCUUAUUCUAGCUCAGAUUGA